UAGUUUGUGAUUUAACGACAGCAGCUUCCUCCCGGGUGUCUGCCUCGCUCUCGCCUGAAACACAGAACCUUUACGCAUGAACCGUGAGCUGCACCAUGGCGCAGAGUCAACAUGAUAUAAACCACAUGUAUGCUCCAUCAUCGUACUCUUGUAGCAGGGAAAUGUACCAGGACCAAUCAACCUACCUGGCAACCUCGACCUGCCCCAUGUCCUACCAACAGCCGUCCCACUCAUACACGUCACCAAAGUCGACAGUGGACAGUGCGCUCUUAACCAUCAUGCCUGACUACAGCGGGUUCUACCAGCCAAAUUGUCAACGAGACAUCCAGGCUUUUCCUGACAGGAAAGUGUUACCAUAUUCACUGAACUCGCUGAGGCUUCCACCACCUCUGACACCUCUGAACACAAUAAGGAAUUUUACACGUGUGGGACCUGCGACAGAGGGCCCUUGUCAACCCAAUCCCUACAACACUCCAAAUUUACCCCUGAGGCCAAUACCGAGGCCGAGAAAGUAUCCAAACCGCUCAAGCAAAACACCUGUCCAUGAGCGACCAUACCCUUGCCCGGCAGAAAGCUGCGACAGGAGGUUCUCUCGGUCGGACGAGCUGAGCAGACACGUCAGGAUCCACACAGGGCACAAACCCUUCCCAUGUCGGGUCUGCAUGCGCAGUUUCAGUCGCAGCGACCACCUCACUACGCACAUCCGCACACACACUGGAGAAAAACCAUUUUCUUGUGACCACUGUGGAAGAAAUUUCGCCAGGAGUGAUGAAAGAAGGAGACAUACGAAAAUCCACUUAAGAGAGAAAGAGAAAAAGUAA